AUGGGCAAGAUGGACAACACCUCUGUGGAGCUGAGCUCUCCCUCUGAGGUGAAACAAGCAGCCUUGGAAGAGCCGGAGCCCAUUGCCCCAGAGGCUCCAAGCACCAAGAAGAAGAAGAUCCCAGACAGGGGCUCUUGGAAGGGGAGGUUUGACUUCCUACUGUCCUGUGUGGGCUAUGCCAUUGGGCUGGGCAACGUCUGGCGCUUUCCGUAUCUCUGUGGCAAGAAUGGAGGAGGGGCCUUCCUCAUUCCCUAUUUCCUGACGCUAGUGUUUGCUGGGAUCCCGCUCUUCCUGCUGGAAACUGCUCUUGGCCAGUACACCUCUGUGGGAGGACUGGGAGUCUGGAAAUUAGCACCCAUGUUUAAAGGAGUGGGGCUGGCAGCUGUGGUUCUCUCCUUCUGGCUGAACAUCUAUUAUAUUGUCAUCAUUGCCUGGUCUCUCUACUAUCUCUUCAACUCUUUCACUUCAGACCUGCCGUGGCAGAGCUGCGGGAAUGCCUGGAACACCGACCGCUGCUUCUCCAACUACUCCCUGGAUGACACCACCAACCUCACCAGCGCCGUCACCGAGUUCUGGGAGAGAAACAUGCACCAGAUGUCCGGCGGCUUGGGGGAGCCUGGAUCCAUCCGCUGGCCUCUGGCUGGCACACUGGCCCUGGCCUGGCUGCUGGUUUACUUCUCCAUCUGGAAGGGUGUGGAGUGGACAGGCAAGGUGGUGUAUUUCUCAGCCACCUACCCCUACUUCAUGCUGUUCAUCCUCUUCUUCCGGGGAGUCACUCUGCCCGGGGCCAAGGAGGGCAUCCUCUUCUACCUCACACCUGACUUCAGGAAGCUCUCCGACUCUGAGGUCUGGAUGGAUGCAGCCACACAGAUCUUCUUCUCCUAUGGCUUGGGGCUGGGGUCCCUGAUUGCACUGGGGAGCUACAACACUUUUCACAACAACGUCUACAGAGACUCCAUUAUUGUUUGCUGUAUAAACUCCACCACGAGUGUAUUUGCUGGAUUUGUUAUUUUCUCUAUCGUUGGCUUCAUGUCACACAUCACAAAGAAGUCAAUUUCAGAACUGGCCUCCUCAGGCCCUGGACUGGCUUUCCUCGCCUAUCCACAGGUUGUCACCCAACUGCCCCUGUCCCCACUCUGGUCGAUCCUGUUCUUCUCUAUGCUGAUGAUGCUGGGCCUGGAUAGUCAGUUCUGCACUGUGGAGGGGUUCGUUACUGCCCUGAUGGAUGAAUAUCCUCAUAUCCUAAGAGCCAGGAAGAAGAUCUUCAUAGCAAUAGUCUGUUUCAUCUCUUAUCUCGUUGGAUUCUCCAAUAUCACCCAGGGUGGCAUUUAUGUUUUCAAGCUGUUUGAUUACUACUCAGCCAGUGGCAUGUGUCUUCUCUUUCUUGUCUUCUUUGAGACCAUCUCAAUUUCUUGGUGUUAUGGUGUGAACAGAUUUUACAGGAACAUUGAAGAAAUGAUCGGCUACAAACCUUGCAUCUGGUGGAAAAUCUGUUGGGCAUUUUUCACUCCUCUUGUCUGCCUGGGUGUGUUCUUAUUCAGUGUGGUGGAAAUGACCCCUCUGACGCUGGGCAAAUACAUCUAUCCUGCAUGGGGACAAGGUAUUGGUUGGCUCAUGGCGCUGUCCUCCAUGGUACUGAUCCCAGGAUACAUGCUGUACAGCUUCUUCACCUCAACAGGGACUCUCCGGCAGCGUUUCCAGCAGAUGACGCAGCCCCAGCCAGAUGUGCAGGUGCAGAAGAAUGGCCUCCAGCCGAAGACGUCUCUGAAUGGCAGGGGAUCAGACGCUGCCGUCUAG